AGAUUAUUCGUAUACGGAUGGCAAAUCAGAAGAUGAAAGGAAAAAGCGGCCUCGGACAGCUUUCACAGCAGCCCAAAUCAAAUCUUUGGAAGGGGAGUUCGAGAGAAACAAGUAUUUGUCAGUGGCCAAAAGAUGUCAGCUGUCGAAAACUCUAAAACUCACUGAAACUCAGAUCAAAAUAUGGUUUCAAAAUAGAAGAACCAAGUGGAAAAGGAAAUACACGAAUGAUAUAGAAGUUUUAGCCCAACAGUACUACAAUUCCAUGGGAAUCUUGACCCCAAGACCGAUAUUUUUAGGUGAUAGACUAUGGUUUUUCAAUUAUCCAGGCCAACCCGGCCUAUCGUCGGCCCCUCCCAUGAUGCCCAACAUGGUUCCCCUACCCCCCGGACCCCCCCAAAUGCCGAUGCCCGUGCCCCCCCAAAGACCCUGUGUGAGGAAUUACGUGGAAUACCCACAGCUGGAGAGCCAUCACAAUCCACAGUCCGAGGUUUCGCCUAUGCUGCAGCUGCAGAAUUUCGGAAGGCAUUUCGGGGAUUCUUAGCUUAUUUUUUUCUAAUGUGGUUUUAUUGUAUAGCUUUAAUAAAAUAUUUUUAUAAAAUUUUCCCAGAAAAAAAGGAUUUUUUCUACUACCGUGUUCUCGACAAGGAUGCUACAAUCUUUCAGGCGGAG